AAUUUAUCCUCACGCUUGUUCAUCUUCCGCUCAUCCACCGGGCUUCACUAGUCACUCUCGACUAAAGCUCAGUCGCAAUACCUGCGAGUAAUGUCUUUUUCUUUUCUUGCUCGGUGCUGUGAGACAGCAAGAAGCCCAUUCUCUUUGCUUGGUUCCGUGCGGACUGCCACCAAACGUGCUGGAGGAACGGUUCGAAAUCAUGGAGGAUCGCCGGGUAAGCGCCUGGGUCUCAAGAAGUUUUCUGACCAGCACGUCAUUCCCGGCAACAUCAUAGUACGACAACGAGGAACCCAAUUCCACCCAGGGCAGAAUGUCAGAAUGGGUCGCGACCAUACUAUUUAUGCCACCACCCCGGGCUUCGUACGAUUCUACAAACAAAAGUGGCUACGAGGAGACCGGAAGUUUAUUGGUGUAGUUCUGCAUCGCGGCGAGAAGCUUCCAAGGGAUGAAACCUCGCUAGGUCGCAGUCGAUACUUUGGCCUCGUCGACCUGACUGCUUUCACUAAGAGCGGCCCAUCACCACAAACUAGCGCAUGAGAGUGGGGUUUGUUCUUGGUCCCUGUGGUGAUUCGCCCGCGCUUUAAUGAUGUUGGCUACACAACCGUCAUGUCGCAUUUCUACACCCGUUGCGCUGCACUGGCGUUGAUUGGCGGCAGUACUUACUUUUGCUUUCAAAUAGCACAUGAUAUUAUUUUUAGCGCAUCUUUUAUUUAAAUAUAGAUGAUAGAUCUCAUUGCUAUUGCUG